GCACUCUCCAGUCCCUGAGAGAUCAGCUGCGUUCAGCUGCCAAGCCCUCCUCGUACGCGAUAACUGCGAGAAGCGCUACUGCUGCUGCUGCUGCUGUCGCUGCUCCAACCUCUUCCAGAGCUCCUGCCCACCGCACGAUUGCGCAUCCAAGAUGGUGAAAGUGGAGAUCGACAGCCCGAUGGUGCGCUACUCGGCGGACCUGAUUGAGGCCGACUACGUGUACUCGAUGUCCGAGGCCAAGGUCGAGGGCAACGUGUGCCGCGUACGGCCGCGCGACGUCCGCAUGACGUUUCGCACCAAGAGGCAUGUGCCCCGGCUGGGUGUCAUGCUGGUCGGCAUGGGAGGCAACAACGGCACCACCGUGAUGGCCGCUACGCUGGCCAACAAGCUGGGCCUGUCCUGGAGAACCAAGGAAAAAGUCCAGCAUGCCAACUACUACGGGUCCAUCACGCAAACGUCUACCGUCAGCUUGGGGAACGGGCCCCAGGGAGAGGUGUACGUGCCGAUGAAGGACCUGUUGCCCAUGGUGAACCCGAACGAUGUGGUCUUUGACGGCUGGGACAUAUCGAGCCUAAACAUGGCCGAGGCCAUGCGUAGGGCCCGGGUGCUAGACGUGCAGCUUCAAGAUCAGUUGGCGCCCCACAUGGAGAAGAUACAGCCUCGGCCGGGUAUCUUCGACCCAAUCUUCGUUGCCGCCAACCAGGAGGACCGCGCCGACAACGUAAUACCAGGAAACAAACAGCAACAGCUGGAACGCAUCCGGGCUGACAUCCGGGAGUUCGUUGCCUCGAACAAAGUGGACAAGGUGAUCGUACUCUGGACAGCCAACACGGAACGCUAUUGUGAUGUCACCGAUGGAGUCCACGAUACGGCUGCAAAACUUCUUGACGCCAUCGAAAAGAGCCACCCUGAAGUCUCGCCAUCGACAAUCUUCGCUGUAGCCGCAGUGCUCGAAGGGUGCACCUACAUCAACGGGUCCCCUCAGAACACCUUUGUGCCGGGACUUUUGGAGCUGGCCAGGCAACACCAGGUCUUCUUGGCUGGUGAUGACUUCAAGUCUGGCCAGACAAAGCUCAAGUCGGUGCUCGUGGACUUCCUCGUGUCGGCCGGCAUCAAGCCAGUCUCCAUCGUCAGCUACAACCACCUAGGCAACAACGACGGCAAGAACUUGUCGGCUCCCGCCCAAUUCCGUUCCAAGGAAAUUAGCAAAAGCAACGUUGUCGACGACGUGGUUAACAGCAACUCCAUCCUUUACGCUCCGGGAGAGAAGCCGGAUCAUUGCGUGGUCAUCAAGUAUGUGCCCUACGUGGGCGACAGCAAGCGUGCUAUGGACGAGUACACGAGCGAGAUCAUGAUGGGCGGCCAUAACACCAUUGUGGUGCACAACACGUGCGAGGACUCGCUGCUGGCAGCGCCGCUCAUUAUCGAUCUGUUCAUCCUGGCCGAGCUGUGCGAACGCAUCGAGUUCAGCGUGGCCGGCAGCAAGUUCCAGGGCUUCCACAGCGUGCUCUCUCUGCUAUCGUACCUCUGCAAAGCGCCCGCCGUGCCCCCCGGCGCGCCCGUGGUCAACGCACUCUUCAAACAGCGCUGCUGCAUUGUCAACGUGCUGCGCGCCUGCGUAGGCCUGGCGCCCUGCCAUUUCAUGGAUCUCGAAUUCAAGGCCAGCGACGCAUCCGUAUGGGAGCGCUCUAAGAGCGCCCUGGUGCCCGAAGAGUCCGGCUCCAAGAAGCAGGCCCGCUCGCCGCACGAGGUGCGCACCAUCGCCUGAGCGGCCACUAACCUGUUGAUGCCGGCCGAAGCCACCGUCGGCGAGUUGCAGAUCUCACGCGAAGAACUGUGUUCACGCAAAUGCUGUCCCUAACGAGCUGGCACUGUUUUGGCGAACGCUGAGCGAGCCACUGUUCACUUGCCUUGUACGCAGGAUGCCAAUGUCGGAUCAAAAACGCGAGUGAAAAGCAGCCACUGAUUUUUCGUAGGGCUCUCACAGCGCUACAUCCAAACUUCUCGUCCUGAUAUGCACAAUUAAUUGUCACAGAUCGAAUCGUUUUGGCUAGGUAGCAAUUUUGCAAUUAAAUUUUAAAUCGCUUUCUGAUCAUUGUUUCAUGAAACUACAACUUCAGUAGCAAACCUGGACUAGUUGACUGACGUUUAAAGCGCUUUCACGAGGCUGACACGUAUUGCCCUGUUUUGGACCAAAGGCUGCAUCCUGCACACUAGUUUUAAAUGCUUUUGACGGCGCCUACCAUGACCACUGUCGUCAGGACUAGUAAGUACUUAAGAUUCUCACAUCCGCCUCCCGCCACAUACACGCACGCGCGCGCACGCAUGCCAAACACACAAAUACACUGGUUUCCUCGUAAUUUUCUGAACGUUGUUAUGCGUGGUCACCCUCAGCCAUGCUUUAGUGCAACUGCGGGAUCGGAGCGCUCAAGGCAGCCGAGUUCCGGUGUGCCAGUACUGAACUACUUUAUUCGUAGAUAAAGCUGCGCUCGAAGCUUGCGCCAUUUCUUGUCUUUCGCAUUCUGUUUUUUUUUUUUUUUUUUUUUUUUUUUCGUGAGCGUGUCGUGGCGAAUGUACUCAACUUGUUCUUUCGAAACCCUUCUUUAUUCGAAUUUUUGUUCGUGCCUUCCUAGCACUACUGGCAGCUUAUUUUUCAAUAUAGCUCUGUAGUUGUCAUCCAUGUAUUUUUGUGCGUAAAUAGAUGGGGGGACAUGCUCCACGUUAUUGCUGUAUACUAUUCGUGAUGAGUUACGUGCCUGAAAAAAGUUUGCAUGCGCACGCAGUGAUGGGAACUUCGUGAGUAUAUCGCUUCAGCGAUGCGCAAUGCGAAGGUUCGUGUGCGACUGACCUCUGUGCGGAUGACAGGGUUUGGCAGUGAGUGAAUCCAUUGCGCUGUUGGCUUGCGCGUAUGCAUUGCGAACAAGUAAUGGAACAGCUCACUGUGGUAAAAGAAACGAAGUGGCUUUUUUUUAAUGCUCGUUUUUGUACCUGUGCACCUGCACACGGGCGGGCAUCGCGCUUUGUUAAUACAUAAAUUUUUAAUGAACAAGUUUCCAUACGUGAUCUUGAAGCCAGUUUAUCUACGUGUGUGCCGUAUUCUUAUAAAAAAAAUGACAGCUGUCCAUAGCCGCAGGAAAUGUGACGCUUCCGUCUCUUUUAAACUUGCGGUCGCAUUCGAGCGCACCUGCCAGCUGCAAGUUUUUUGCAGUGCAGCCAUGCUCCACGUGUUCUUACCUGGUCACGUCACUAGUGUGUUCUUUUUUAUUUUAUUGAAUUUUUCGUUCAUACACGCUGUGUGGUUUCUUGUUGGACUGAGGAGCUUUCUGGCAAUGGGCAACGCAGCAUUUUGUACCGCCGGACUCGCAGCUAUAUCUCGGCAAUACAUGCGUUCGAGAUCUAUUGCUUGCAAGCUCACGUCCCGUCAUCAGGGCGUUCUGAAACUCGGUCGCUCGCGCCGAAGACCUCCUCGAGACCAACACCUCGCUCCUGUGAGAUACUGACAUUGUAAUAGUUGGCAUUUUUGGCACAGUAUUGUCCUGCGAUCAUCACUGCAACUGCCGUGUUGUUGAACUCGGAGCAUGUGCAUGUGGAGCCUUCUCUCUGGCCACGGAUGUUUUAGUAGACUUUUUUUUUUGUCCUGUGAAUGAAUCGACUCUAUUGUAUUCUGUUUUAGCGUUGCUUUUGCGCGCUUUAUAUGUCAUGUCUACCAGAUAACUUCAGUCAAAGCCAAUGUUCCUUAGAGUGUACUACGCCAACGCGCGACCGUCGUCAGACUAAAAACAGGUUGUUUUAGGAAACUACCUUCAGUCGUUUGUGCGCACCUUGGUUGUGGUAACUAUGUGACUUGAAGAAUGUUUGUGAAAAAUCAUGUCCGCACUGUUGGUAACACCACAUUGCGUGAUUGUAAGUUUUCCACCUGCUGGCUACGUCGAAUGUUUUCGGUGGUCUGAGAUUUAUAUCAGCCUGAUAGUGUUUUCAUACCACCGUACCAUAACGUGUUAUACGAGUGAGCAAGCGAGCUGAACCUGUUUCUUGUCUAAUAAAUAGUCAUGGGUCCAUUGUGUUCCUGUUUGUACAGUAUACAAUAUUGUCUUGAAUAAAGUACAAUGUUAACACAUA